GACGUUUCCAACACCCUCUCAUCUUCCCUCAAUCUACAAGUGAGAGACUUCACUUUAGACACGUCAUUGCUGGAUGAGGAGACUAAAACGGAAUCGGGAUCUCUUCACAAUAACUUCAAAAUAAGAAGAAAGUAACAAAACAAAAGAGGCACGACAUCCAGCGCGUAACGUUUAGGAAAACUCGUAAUCUACGCUUAUUGUUGUUGAUUUAGAGCUUGUGAGAAGAUAAACGAGUUGAAUUGACUCUAUUGGACGGUAUUUGCACCUUCUCUGGAUGUGGUCGCACAGUUUUUCAUGUGAAAGUAGAGUGAAUUUCGAAAGGACUUAAUUUAAUGUUAAUUACACAUUGCUGGCGGUACUGGGGCUGCAUCCGGAACACACGCGAAGAGAGGAGGAGAGCAGAGAGGCGUGCGCUUCUGGUGUAUAGAUGGGGGGAAGGAGAAUAAAUAGAGCCUACUAUUUCCAUGUAAAUGAUGGUUUACCAUUGAGCUUUCUUUGAGGAUUUAACGGCGUCGGCAAAAAAAACCGUUUGUUUGAAAAAAGUUGACAGAUCAUCUUCCAUGGAGUCUCAUUGCAAUUUUCGAGACUUGAUGUGUGGCAAAAACGGACCGCACGAACGGAUUGAGCUCCAGGAUUACGGUUAUGUGUUGCUCCACAGUAAAAUGUAGCCUGACAUGUUUUUAUUGGUGCUUAUGGAAACUUGAAUGCACAUUUUUCAUAAAACAAAGGCAGAAGCCACGUUUCAUGUGCAAAGACACAGGCAAUGUAUUUAUUUUGUUGUUAUGAUGCGAAUGCAUUUCUUUCCAACAAUGUUUUUGGGAGGAGUCGUGAUUAUGUCUACAUUUCUAUCACAGUCCAAAUCGUCAUGCGGUAGGUCCAGUGCAUGUGCAUUGCAGUUACAAAGUCUAAUGCUUGUCCUGGAUGGAGUGUCAAUCGGAGCACAAAUAUACUCAGAUGGACACGCCUUGUCAGUCAUUGAACAAAUCAGAUAAAUGCAUUGCAAAUAUGAUCAGUGCAAAUAUGAUCAAUAGACUGUAUUGAUGAGCCCAUAUAUAAGGCUAAUGAUUGGCCCAGCCUCUGUUUACGUAACAUGCCUGCGAGAAUAUGGUGGGAAAGUUUCAGAUGACUGCUGACAGCUCAUGGAAAUAGACAUAAGAUCAAAGAAAAGUUUAGAUUGGUAGCAUACAUCAUAUUCAACUCUUCAAUAACAGCUGGAAUACCUUUCGUUGAGAACUGCUGCUCUAACAUUAGAAUGUCUUCGAGAAUUCAUGAACAGGAUGAAUUUUUGGGCUAAUUUCUAACGAUUGCUUUUUGAAAUAUUUAUAGACACUAUUCUGCAAGAUGAUCGUUGUGAUGAGCAUGGUGACCCAACCUCCAAAUGAGCUUGUCCCCAGGCAAGAGGCCAAGGCUACAUUUUCCAUCUAAUUAUCCUGACUUCAGGUGAUUGGAAUUAUGGGGUGAUUUCCAUCUCUACAAGCUGACAGAAACAUGGAUUUGAACUUCUCCAUGGUCCGUGAUAGCGAUAAUUUGCCAGAGAGAAACUCAUCCAAGCGCGUUUUGACAGGCUGCUUUCUCUUUGCGCUCAUCCUGACCACACUGCUGGGGAACACACUGGUAUGUGUUGCCGUCACCAAGUUCCGCCACCUACGUUCAAAGGUCACCAACUUCUUUGUGAUCUCUUUGGCCAUCUCAGACCUGCUGGUGGCCAUCUUGGUGAUGCCAUGGAAGGCAACGACAGAGAUCGUGGGCUUCUGGCCCUUCGGAGCCUUUUGCAACAUCUGGGUGGCAUUCGACAUCAUGUGCUCCACAGCGUCCAUUUUGAACUUGUGUGUCAUCAGCGUGGACAGAUAUUGGGCGAUCUCAAGCCCGUUCCGCUAUGAGAGGAAGAUGACACCCAAGGUGGCAUUUAUUAUGAUCAGUGUGGCAUGGACUCUGUCCGUGCUUAUCUCCUUCAUCCCCGUGCAGUUGAAUUGGCACAAGGCUGCAGUGUUGGAGCUCAACAGCACUUACGGGGAGCUGCCUCCGGACAAUUGCGACUCCAGCCUUAACAGGACUUAUGCCAUCUCCUCCUCCCUCAUCAGCUUCUACAUCCCUGUGGCAAUCAUGAUCGUGACUUACACCCGGAUUUACAGAAUUGCCCAGAUACAAAUCAGGAGAAUCUCAGCCCUGGAGAGGGCUGCGGAGAGUGCCAAGAACCGCCACAGCAGUAUGGGGAACAACUCCAACAUGGAGACGGAGAGCUCCUUCAAGAUGUCUUUCAAAAGAGAAACCAAAGUCCUAAAGACCCUCUCUGUCAUAAUGGGGGUGUUUGUAUGCUGCUGGCUGCCCUUCUUUAUCCUCAACUGCAUGGUGCCCUUCUGUGAGGCCAAAAGCACCUCUGAUUUCUUCUGCAUUAGCCCUGCUACCUUUGACGUGUUCGUCUGGUUUGGCUGGGCCAACUCCUCACUCAACCCCAUCAUAUAUGCCUUCAACGCGGACUUCCGCAAAGCAUUCUCCAUCCUGCUGGGCUGCCACAGACUCUGCCCGGGCAGCAAUGCCAUAGAGAUAGUGAGCAUCAACAACAAUGGAGCUCAGCCACCUGCGUCCCAGUAUCAGCCUAAAGGGCACAUUCCCAAGGAGAGAAACAAUGCCACCUAUGUGAUUCCCCACAGCAUCCUGUGUCGGGAGGCGGAGCUGCAGAAGAAGAAUGAGGUUGGGAUUAAGACCUUGGAGAAACUGUCCCCGUCUCUUUCUGGAAACUUGGACAGCGAUGCAGAUGUGAUUAAUCCUAUAACUCAGAACGGCCAACACAAAACUGUGAGAUGUUGAUUGGUGUACGUAUUGGUAUACAAAAAUAGAAGGAACCCACAGAGGGAGAGACCAGGCAGUAUGCCUAGCAAAGGUGGGGUAUACAAACUGAGCUUCACUGCAAACCUUAAAACUCUAAUCACUAUGGAAAUCUACAGAAUGUUUCAAAUGAAGGCACUUUAUCCUGGUUAACUAUCUGCAAAACACCUUCAGCAUGUAUUAAUGAAGUAUAGACAGAUUUGUUGAUAAAUGUUCCAUAACUUGAAUAAAGAAAAAAGAAAUACACACGUGUAUACAUGUGUUGUAUUUACAAAUACGUAUACAUUUGCAUAUAUGUACAGUAUUGAUGUUACAAAUAUCCUGGAUGCCGUUAUAACAUGGAGAAAGAACUAGAAAUAUUAGCUAAAUGUCUUGUAAGUGCUUUACAUUUAUGUAUACAGUGCGUUUCAUAUUCUCCAUACAGAACUAUAAAGAUAAUUGGUUUUGCUCAUUUUAUUUAUGUCAACCACAGUGUGUAAUUAAUUGGUUUUUAUUUAUCCUAACAUAUUGGAGAGUUGAAGACACUUCGGUGGUAAUGACAACUGAGUAAAAUAAUAUGACCAUAGGAUGGUGUAAAUAAUUGAAAACAACCCUCAUCAACUCUUGCAUUUACAUUGUUGUGACAAAGUGGUAAGCCUCAGAGUGGUAGGGUGGUGGUAAGGUAUGAUGUAUACACAUGUAUGCAUUUGACAUUUAGAACACUGUGUCGAUAACUGAGGCAUGCUUUAAAUGCCUUUAAUGUUCACAGUUACAACAUCUUAUGCCAAGUAUGCCAUAUUUCUAAAUAUUUCAGUUUUAUUCCCCUUUUGUAGUAAAUGCAUUCUCCAACUGGAGUAGAUGAAGCUCAUUCUGAUUGUCCCUAUUACUCUCUCCCACAAGACACUCUCCGCUUAACAAGUGUUACCUCUUCACACUCUUAGGGCAUCAGUGAUCCUGUUGGCAAGUCAGGCCUAUCAGACACUCCUUCAGGUGUGCAUCUCCUAUUCCUUAUAUAGUGCACUCCUUUUGACCAGAUCCUAAAAGGCUUUUGUCAAAGUAGAGCUCUAAAUAUGAAAUAGGAUUCCAUUUCGGACGCACCCUUUUACUGUACUAAUGCAGAGAACUGAUUCUGAUUCUAUUAACGUUCUGUUGGCACGAAGAGAAAAAAACUGCUUAGUGUGCAGCAGUAAAUGCCAUCAAUGCAUAAAAGAAAAAUGUCAAUCCUGUACCUUAUGCAAGUCACUGGUCACCCAACCAGAACACAAUUGACACUUUGUGACCUUUGCUAAACCGCUGAAAUUACAUAUUGUGAAUUGCUUAAGCUGGUGCUGUGAUGUUUUAGGUAACAGUGGAACUAUUGUUGCGCUUAUAGCUGCCAGAUUGAAGCCACCCACUGUAUGCUUUGGUCCUUUGACUCUGCUGAUCAAUUCUCUAAUUUGUACCUCUGACUGUUAAGUUGUUCUCUCUGCAGUACUGAAAUCUAUAUUGAAUUUGACAGAUGGCAAACGAAACGUUCAUAAAAUAUGAACAAUUAUAUAGAGCUUGUGUGGUUAAGGCCUUCAACUAGUUCAUAUGGUUGUUAAUAUCAGAAGGCAUUGCAUGAAUCUACAUUGGAUGUAAUUUCACAGUGUGAAUUGGGUGCAGAACAUAUUUUCACACUCUUUACAGAAGUGUGACAUCAACAAUUUAUCAUAGUUCCAUGAUGGGAAGUCCCAUGGCCAGGGGUUUGAUGUAAACAUUAACUAGAGUUAAUGCAUUGUGGUUUAGUUGUUUCCAGACGUCAACCUUGUUCUCGUAUCUCCGGCUGUAAAAGCAGAGUUGUCCUCCAUUGAAUAGGGUAAGUCAUUUAAUGGUAUUGGUCUCAAAUUCAUUAUUAUAUUUGUUGUUCUGGGAAAUGAAAUAUGACAUAAAUUCAAAAAGGAAGAAAGUUUGUGGAUCAACAUGUUACUUAUGAGUUGCCUAGCUCCACCCACUCCUGUAUUGCUCUCCUAUUGAGUUUUUAUGGCUUAAUUGUAUUAGCCUGACCCUGGAUUCUUAAUUAGAGUGUAUGUCCAUCUAUGACAAGUCUUCUAUGACAAGUGUCAAAAUAUGAACUCUCUCUGAGAAGACCUCUGUCUAUGUCAUUUUGUAGAUAAUGGUGGAACGUGCUCACUGUUCAGCUCCACUCUAAUUGUCACAGGGAGCUAUCUAGAACCUAAACGGGUUCUUCGGCUGUCUCCAUAGGA